CUUAUGUAAUCUCCUCCGUUUUGAAACCCGAGAAACAGAGAAAAACAGAGGGAGGGAGUGAAAACACAGAGAGAGAGAGGGGAUUACGAUGACGAGUACAAGUGCGGUGGGCAUCAUCAUCUUCUUCUUCAUCCUGUGUUUGGUACGGACGGGUCAAGCCAUUUGGAUGACGUUACCGUCAUCCGGUACAAAGUGCGUCUCCGAGGAAAUCCAGAACAACGUCGUUGUUUUGGCCGACUACGUCGUCAUUUCCGACGAUCACUCCCACUCCCCCACCAUCUCCGUCAAGGUGACAUCGCCUUACGGGAAAGAUCUUCAUCACAGGGAUAAUGCUACACAUGGUCAGUUUGCCUUUACAACUCAAGAGGCUGGUAACUACCUGGCAUGUUUUUGGGUUGAUAGUAAUAAUCCUGGAGGCAGUGGGGUAAGUGUCAACCUUGACUGGAAAACUGGAAUUGCAGCUCAGGAUUGGGAUUCAGUAGCAAGAAAAGAGAAGAUUGAGGGUCUUGAGCUUGAACUACGGAAACUGGAGGGGGCAGUGGAGGCCAUCCACGAGAAUCUACUUUAUAUCAAGGGCAGAGAAGCGGAUAUGAGGAAUUUAAGUGAACGAACAAACACAAGGGUGGCGUGGUUUAGCAUGAUGUCCUUGGGCGUCUGCAUUGGAGUUUCAGGUCUGCAGUUAUUGCACCUGAAGCAAUUUUUCCAAAAGAAGAAGCUUAUUUAAAUUAUUCUACCCCAAUUUAUCUUUCUAGACAAAAAGUGAAAUAGAAAAGGAAAAUUUUAACACAAAGUAAUGUAAACUAUGAGUAGACAGACUGGCAGUUUUCUCGUUUUGGUCGAAAGAGAAAUUUGAGAAAGGAAAAGCAAUAAAUUUUCAGGAAAUAAUGAUAGUUUGAA